GACAUAGCGGAAGUGACGGGCUUUGCCUCUUUUACGCCGUAAAGUCGCCAUUGAACCUCCGCGGAAGAAAUACGUAAUAAUCGCUGAAGCUUUACCGUGUGUGUUUUUUUUAACGCAUUCGUUGUUCAGAAGUGACCUACCCGGGGUGACACAUACCUUCCCCAGGCCGCUGUGUAUUUUGACGUUUGGAGGUGAAGAAGAAAUCGAGUCAAGCUGGGGAGAAGCCAGGAGAUGUCCUACUACUCAUCGUCCCGUAGUUCGUCCAGGGCGUCCGACUGCAAGGUGUAUGUGGGUGACCUGGGCAAUGGUGCCGCCAAGGGGGAGUUGGAACGGGCGUUCAGCUACUAUGGCCCGCUGAGGACUGUCUGGGUGGCCAGGAACCCGCCAGGGUUUGCUUUUGUGGAGUUUGAAGAUCCAAGAGAUGCUGAAGAUGCUGUUAAAGGCGUGGAUGGGAAGCUCUUGUGUGGGUCACGCGUACGAGUGGAGAUGUCAACUGGCAUGUCCAGGAAGGGCCGUGGACGCCCCAGCCGUCGCCAGUUUGAUCCAAAUGACCGUUGUUAUCAGUGUGGGGACCGCGGCCAUUAUGCCUAUGACUGCUACCGCUUCAGCAAGCGAGGAGGACGUCGCAGCAGUAGGUCCCGAUCCCGUUCUCGAUCACGGUCCAGGUCCAGAUCUCGUGGGCGCCGCUACCGCUCCCGUUCUCACUCUCGCAGCCGUAGCCGCAGCAGGAGCCACCGCCGUUCCCCAUCUUACUCAAGGCGCAAGAGCAGGUCCGGCUCUCAAGCCCGCUCCAAGUCCAGGACUCCAGUGAGAAGUCGUUCCAGGUCUCGUUCUCGGUCCAGAUCAGCACCAAGACGCUCUGCCUCCCGCUCCCGCUCCCGGUCACAGUCGGCCAAUCACAAGAAGAACAGUGUGUGCUGGGAGCUGCGCACUGCGUUGACACUGCAGCUGAUCCCAGGCCAAGGGUCUGCCAGCUGGCGGUGUGUACAUCCUGCGGGAGGGUGACUAGGCACUGAACUGAGAUCAGCCUUCGCCUGGCGUUAGACAGCGAGAAUCUCCCCCCGCGCAGUGAAUGGGUGACCGUCUGUCCAACCGACGCACACGCUCAGACGAGAUCAGCCCGUGCACACUUACAGUUGUUCUCCUAGAGUCACCCAGGCCGUCAGCCAGCCAGCCGGCAGAUCUACCAGAGCGUCGGCAUGAACGGUUCAGAGUUCGACCAUUUAAAAUCCAUUACCUACCUACCAGACCCCCUACCUACCAGAGCUCUGCGGCCUCUGACUUAGCUUCUGAAAAUGAGAGCAAGCUGACCUGAGAUCAGUCUUCAAGAGCGUAGUCAUCCGUCCUUCAGUGCUUUCAACCUUCGCUUCUCUGUACUUGUUUUUUCUGCCAGUGUCUCCAAAGGUAACGACAACCCCCUCUUUAUCUACCCCCCUUCCCCAUGACAAGCUCAUGUUUUAUGGUCAAAGCAAAUUCACAGGCUUCAUGUGCAACGUGGGUGGUGAAAGCUAAAGAUGAUAAUGAGCAUGCUACGUGUGUGUGCUGUGAAUGUUGUCGCAGGAGGCUCUAUGAUGCGCACAUUUCUGCCGUGCAUGCCUUCAACAACAAAAACUAUUUCAUGAAAACAUUCAAAUUCUGCAAGUAAAGCAAACUUAAGUUCUGUGCCCCUUGUGGUGUUUAGUAUCUUUGGAAGUAGUUGGGUGCAAUUUCUCCUCACAAUCUCCAUUUCAGUAGUCAACUUUUUGGGUAGUCAGGUGAUGAGUGGUUUCAGUUCGCACGGGGGAUUCACCUUUUUAUUCCCCCUUUUGUCUUGGGAUACCUAAAAACAUGCCAGGUAGAUACACCACCUAUAUGCUUUUUAUUUUAUUUUUAUGUUUUUUUACACUCAAGUUCUUCACUGAGGAAGUAGCUGUGUGUGUGUCUGUGGUGUCCUUGUUCUUCCAUUCUCCCUUAUAGCACACUAACCUCUCUCUGUUUUUGUUUCAGUCGUUCCCGCUCAGCAACACCACCACCAAGGAGUCCAUCGCCAGCCGCCAACUGAGGGACAAACAGGACACCCCUCAACCCCAUCCCCUGUUCUCUUUUACAGCAGCGCUCCCAAGUUUUUCAUGUGUGGUUAUGCUUCAUUUUUUUCCCGAGAUAAAGUGCUGCUUCAGAACUCCUUUUUGAUUGGCGGGAGGUUUCAGGACAUUCUUUAGAUGUAGUUUGUAUGAAAGGCAACGCCUACAUCUGCAUGGUUCUGUAUGUUGCAGUGGACUUUUAACAGUGACAUUUGAACACUUUUUUUGCUCCUGUGCGCCCAUUAAGCACCCAAUUUCUUAAAUAUGUAUAUUUCUGUCCUGCACUGCUCCCAUCCAUUUUUUCUUCUCUCGAAGUUUGUGUGCUUAAAAAGAUGUUCUCGGCCCUUCAGUUUAUUCCUGUGUAUUAUAGAAUUUGGAUGGGUUCCUGCUUGUACUGUUUGAGACGCUGGCAUUUUUAUUUUUCAAUAAAUCUUCCCAACAUA